CUAUAGGGGGAGGAUGUAUAAACUAAUAGAGCGGAUCAAUUGCCGUUCAGUUGUACUCGUCCGUACCAUGUAACGACGGCGCAGUAACUAUGGUCGGAUCCGAAGAAGCACAAAUGUCCGUAAAAGAGUCAUUCUAUGAAGAGAUAAUUACAAAGGGACAGUUGUCUGCCAAGACCGAUCUUAACUGUAAUAUUGAACUCGAAGAUAGUGACGUUUAUACUUCAAUGUGCAGGAAACAAGUUGAUUCGGCAGUACAAACCGACUGUGUUAGCGAUGGAGAAAACAUUUACGAUAGUAUACCUGGAGACUGCGUGUCGCAAAAUUGCGAGCAGUGCCACAUAGAUCGUUCUUUUAGCUGUGGAGCUGGAUACAUUAGCAAAGAUAGCAUUACAAGGAAAGAAGAGGUACAACAGGACAGUCAGAGCGAACAGCAAUCGAACUCUCCUGCAAGGCUUGCACCUCUCGAGUCGAAUUCUUCACCCGAUCCUGGCAGUUCAACGCAGUACGCAGAAAUCAUUCACUUCAACAAAGUUUCUGACUUUGUUCCAUCACGACCUACUCGAGAAUCGGAAAAUCCUAUUCUUAGACAGGAUUUUUCUAGUAGUCUGUCCACCUUUCCAAACUUGCGCGAUUUACGCAAGCGCCUUACAGAAAUGUCUCAGGAACGCUGCUUGGAACAACAGCGAAGCGCGCGGACAUCGCCAUUUGCUACACCGGAAUGCCCGCGAAAACCAGGAGAAAAGAUUUUUGGCCAACGUCUUUCUAAAAGCCUUUCGCCGAGAAACUCGCCUAAACAAUCCCCGCGCGAGAAACAUCCGCCAGGACCGAUUUAUGUUAAUAUGGAAUUUCCACUUGUGGAAAAUGGCGACAACAAUUCACGCCGUACUUCGGCCAGUUCCAGUAGCAGCAUUAGCUUCAACGAGCGACAGAGUGUAAGCAGUACAGACGAUUCGGUUUUUAAAGAUACAGAAGUGUCCCCCUAUGAAAAUAUCAGAGACACACUUGAUUCGGGAAGUCUUAGAGAAGAAAGCGCGCCAGUCGACAUAGUGUACAGCGAUUUACACUUUCACGAAACUCGUCCAAAACCUAAACUAGGAAAGACCUGUUCAACACCAACUGGAAGUUGUCCUGGAAAGAUAAAGGUCGAAGAAAGGUCUCGCUCGCUCCCGGGUCAACAGGUUCCUUUACGACAGAACAUUUCAAGGCAGCCGAGACCAAAAAGCCUAAGCCUUGGAAAGCUGAAUAAAGGGGCGCUUGGUUUUUACAUCGGCGCGCGCUUUGUGAAGUGCGCAACUGUCCACAGGGCCAACUCAAAUACUCUUCAGUCGACCAUUCACGAUAUUGUCUCUAAGACAACACUAGACGAUUGCGUUUCGGUAAACGUAGAGGUUACAAUGGAUUUAAUGCGAAUCAGCACAAAUUGCUCCCCGUGGGAUGUCAUUACAAGUUUUGGCAUCGAAAACAUUGGCUGGAUAGAUCUGUACAAACAGGACACUACCGUUUUAGGUAUUAUUGUCUGUGUGCCCGAUGUAGAGGCAGAAUGUCAUGUUAUACAGUGUCAAGACGCACAACUAAUAUUCAGUGCUGUAAAGAACGCUUUCAAUUCUUCAACUUCCAAGGUUAGUGCGUUUUUGCAGAUUCUUUUCCCUGUUGAGCAAUUCACUGAAUUACUAAUCCAUGUGGAAUUGUUCUGUUUACUCGCGGAUCGAAUUUAAGCCCCGCCGGCUUCCGUUUGUGUUUAAAAUUACACUGGCAUUGUUUCGUUGUUACAAUUAUAAAACAAAACAAUCAAACGUCCGUAAAAUAUUCUAUAAAGGGAUCUCUACAAUAUUCACACAACAAACACUGGAGCUGCGAUUGUCUAAUUGUCCCUUUUUCAAAUUCAAGUGACCUAAAACUCUUUUCGUUGAACUUAGUUAUAAAGUCACUUAGGUCACGGUUACCAAACAUAAUCUUAAAAAUACCUAAGAACGUGAAUUUUUGCUGAAAAAGUAGGCAGGUAUUUUGAUAUCAAGAACAACUAAAAUUCUUACGAAAUCCACUGUUUUUCAUGGACGAAAGAAGCGCCAAAUUUUUCCCGCGAAAUAAAUGACCCAAAAAUGCACGUUAUUGCUGGGAGUUUUGAUACAUGAUCCUUAUAACAAUCUUCUUAGGUCAGAGCGAACAGAUUUCCUUUGAAAAUUCAGCAAAAUAAAGAAUAGUUCAGUGAAUUUUCUGUCCAUUUGGAACAAGCGGUUAAUUUCACGAGUUUCUGUUGUGUUGAGCAUUAUUUUCUUUAAAGCUCCUCUUUUUACGUGUUUUGCGUUUUCCAACUAACUCAAUCGACUUCCGUUGAUUCUCUUGCCUCUUCGGAUCCAUUUGAGUUAUUUGUAAACAUGUUUAUCGGCAUUCACGUACAGAUCCUAAAAAUCUUUACCUUUUUGUGUUCUUUCACGUUCAGCACACCACAACUUGAUGAAAAAGCCACUCGCAACAAAAAUCACUUUUUUUAAAACUUCAUCACGCUUAUUUGUCAAAAGCUAACGAAUUCUCGUGGAGCUGAAUUCAUCAGGAAUGAACACGAAAAAAAAUUCUUUCUUGUAUGGAAAAGACUUAUAGAAAACGUCGCAUUAGAACCGGUGUAGUAGUUAAGGACAGCAAAGAAAUGUACCAAAAAUUUAAGUGUAACGUACGCGAAGAGUUGUUGUUUUCAAUUGCCUGUUAGUCAUCUUAACGAGAAGUGUCAAGAUUGAAUAUUUUACGGAGCGAGGAGUGUAAUAUAUCUCUUUUUUAUUAGCAACGCUUUUUAACAGCUAACGUGGGCUGUUAAAUCAGUUUUAAAUCUCUAUAUGGUAGUUAAUUUUACUGAAACCGACGAAAUUUUCAUUAUUCUGGUUGCGAGUCGUGACAACUGGCUUUCUUACUGGAUUGGUUGACUGCUCUUGUCCGUCGGCCUAUCGGAAGUGUAUGGAAGGGGGCGGGAGGGUGUUCGAUGUUCCUAGUAGUUUUCCCGAAAUCGCCAAAGCUAGCAGGAAGUGCAAAACGUUCACGAUAACAAAGAUACCAAGGCUUAUGUUAUUUUAAGGUGAAAUUGGAAAUCCAAUGAAUAUCUAAUGGAUUUAUGCUUUUGAACUGUAAUAUAAAAGAUUUCCGUUUUUCGGCAAAUCCUCCCAUUUUUAAACAUUCCCAUUUCUGACCUUUGAAGUCCGUAAGUGGUAGGUGGAGACCCUCCACGUGCAGGUUGCGUGUUUAUUUCGUAACUUUUAAUCGAUAACCGCUGGGAUGUCACGCUAUCCAGUCGAGUUGACAAUUUUAGGCCUAGAAAUUCACCUUUACUGCAUAUUUUUUACAGGCCUUCACUAUUCCAGUUUCUACCACACUGGGUCCCGAAAGCUGGCUUGGCGUGCCGACCUUCAAUGGUAUUUCAUACCUUGGUUCUUUAAAAAUCAAGAAGACGUAUCUCCUCAUGAACGAGAGUAUCAGUUUGCUUUUGGAAAAAGCGCACCCCAAAGAAUUCAAAAACAUUUAUCUUGAAGUGCGACCUGAAGAAAUCCGUCUCAUCGACGCUAAGGACAAUAAAAUCCUCCACAAACAUGCCAUUCCUUGGAUUCUUUUACUCGGAGUUUACGAACAGGACACUCGGUUCUUCGGGUACGUCGUGUCGGAGGCCCGACAAGGCGAAAAAACCAAGAUGUUUUGUCACGUGUUCCGCUGCAGCCGAAUCACGAUGUCUGUGGCUGCAACCGAGGCAAUCCGGGUUGGUUGCCAGGCAACUUACUCUGACCGCAGAGACUCGAUGCGUUCAUCCAGGCGCAUUUCUUUCCGUUCAGAUUGUUCCAGUGGAUCCCAAGAGGGUUCGUCUUCCCCUUUUAAUUCUUUGGACACUUCUGAUUCCUUGGUAUGUAUAGUCUUUCACUCUCCUAGUACAAUCAAACCCUGUUAACUGAGGGGGCCAUAGAAAAAGUCUGUAUUAACAGGGUGUCCGUAUUAAGCGAGUCGAAUUUAACAGUCGUCUUUUAGGGGAGGUCGGGUUCCCUACAAAAAUCGAAGCAGCCGGAGUUUUUUUUUUUUUUCGAGCAGAGCUCCCAACACAUAUACUUUUUGAAGCAGAAUUUACUGCAUGCAAUUUCUUAGGUACGAUAUAUUAAGCUUACCUUGCGAGCAGUAUUUCUCUCUUGCAUGGCUUUUAGCGAUUACGAAGUCGUUCGCGUCGCUUGUCAGUCGCGUAGUAUAAAAUAAAGCAACAUAACUAAGCGGCUGACACGCGACACGAACGACUUCGUAAACGUUAAAAGCCAUGCAAGCGAGAAACCUUUGCUCGCAAGGUGUGUAAAGCCCCGUGCUCUGAGUAAAAGUUCUUCGUAUUCUGUGGAUAGCGUGACAGACACAGCAAACAUAAAGCGUUUCAGACCAUGCGUCAAGUGGUCGCUUACAAGAGGUUAAAAACAAUUAAUUUUUUUACAAAAAAUUCUCUCCGAAGUAGUCGCGGUUGCUUUCGAGAGGUGAUCGUUUACGAGAGGUUUCACCUACAGUAAUGUGAUUAAGAAAAUUUUGCUGUUGUGGAUAGGUGGUCGCGUAUUACUAGAGGUGGUCGCCUAUGACGGUUCGACUGUAUGUAAAACCUAUUUUUUCACUCCCUCUCCUCCCCUCUUUUGAAUUUGAAAUCAGGUGCGGUUACACUAGACGUUUUCCCAAAAACUCCCCUUGGGAAAAUCGUUCACACAAUGACACAAAAAGUUGCUUCCCCGUGGUUAACAGCCAUUUGCCUAUGGGUAAAACGGUUAGUGUAACCACACGUUUUGCCAUUGACUAUUUGCCAUCAGAAUGGCGACCUAUUGAGCUCCAACCAAGCCUUUCCUCACCCUUUUGAUUAUAUUUGAGCGAGUAAACACUCAAGACACCUUUGUUACGUUGUCAGAAAUAAAAAAAAACAAAAGAAAAACAUGGAAUUACGUGAGGGGUUGCUGACAGGUCAAGAGGGAGGAAGUCUUUGUCAAAAAAUUAACAUCUUUAUUUUUUUUAUACGGCACGUUCAAGCCAGUCAAGUGUUUUUCCUUACUAGGAAAAAUAAAAAAAUCGAUUAAUCAUUUCCCAACUAUAGUUCGUUUCCGAUUAGAAUUUAAUAGCACCAUUGUUUUGUACCUUUUUGUCAUACUAGGUUUUCAGUGNAAGCGAGAAACCUUUGCUCGCAAGGUGUGUAAAGCCCCGUGCUCUGAGUAAAAGUUCUUCGUAUUCUGUGGAUAGCGUGACAGACACAGCAAACAUAAAGCGUUUCAGACCAUGCGUCAAGUGGUCGCUUACAAGAGGUUAAAAACAAUUAAUUUUUUUACAAAAAAUUCUCUCCGAAGUAGUCGCGGUUGCUUUCGAGAGGUGAUCGUUUACGAGAGGUUUCACCUACAGUAAUGUGAUUAAGAAAAUUUUGCUGUUGUGGAUAGGUGGUCGCGUAUUACUAGAGGUGGUCGCCUAUGACGGUUCGACUGUAUGUAAAACCUAUUUUUUCACUCUUUUUCCUCCCCUCUUUUGAAUUUGAAAUCAGAUGCGGUUACACUAGACGUUUUCCCAAAAGCUCCCCUUGGGAAAAUCGUUCACACAGUGACACAAAAAGUUGCUUCCCCGUGGUUAACAGCCAUUUGCCUAUGGGUAAAACGGUUAGUGUAACCACACGUUUUGCCAUUGACUAUUUGCCAUCAGAAUGGCGACCUAUUGAGCUCCAACCAAGCCUUUCCUCACCCUUUUGAUUAUAUUUGAGCGAGUAAACACUCAAGACACCUUUGUUACGUUGUCAGAAAUAAAAAAAAACAAAAGAAAAACAUGGAAUUACGUGAGGGGUUGCUGACAGGUCAAGAGGGAGGAAGUCUUUGUCAAAAAAUUAACAUCUUUAUUUUUUUUAUACGGCACGUUCAAGCCAGUCAAGUGUUUUUCCUUACUAGGAAAAAUAAAAAAAUCGAUUAAUCAUUUCCCAACUAUAGUUCGUUUCCGAUUAGAAUUUAAUAGCACCAUUGUUUUGUACCUUUUUGUCAUACUAGGUUUUCAGUGAUUUCACUGUAGUUUAAAUAAGGAAAGACAAAUUAUAAACUUGCAAACAUACGCCAGGAGCCAUCCCUCCCUUUAUCAACAUAAAUGCUGUUAGCUCCUCUGUGAUUAGGUCAUGGGCGAAUUAUUGCAAGUUUAACGCAGUAGAAAUUUCUAAAUAUCAUUCGAAAUUACAGAGUCACAUUUGAAUUUUGAACUGUUAAUGGGAUCACCUAAGGGGCAUAAAACUGCAGUCGUAUUAUGAAGUUUUUGGCAUUUAUAUCAACGUGGGUUUUUGCAGUUUGAGCCGAAAGAAUAUGGUCGUUUAAAAGGCGUGAACUUGUGUUAACGAAAUGGUCGAAAAACAGAAUGUUCAGAAGGCGAGGUUCCUCGGCCGGUGUUGUAUUGGCUACAUUAAGGAUUCGCGUGAGAUUGGGUCGGUAUUGCGCCGAAUUGUACUACGGGGCUGUUUUGGGGACUCUAUCUCUUCUUCUAUUGGCGAUUACAAAGUUGCGCACGCGCAGAAAACUGAGUCAAAAUUCUUACCGCAAAACAGUUCCAUGGUGCAAUUCGACACAGCACCAAACCAGUCUCCCGCAAAAUUGCCAAUCGUUCAGUGACUUCAUCUUUGCUGCUCACACUUAGAAACACAUCUUUCUACUGUUUUUAAACUGUAAAAUUCAUGGUCGUAAAAUAUUUUGUUGUUGUUGUUGUUGCAGAAUAAGGAACAUGAAGAAACGCACAAAGAUGUAACGCAGGAGAAACCUAAGAGCAAGGAAAAAGAUCCAGCAGAAAGAAAGAAACACAGCCAUUCAAAACUGAGGCGAUUCUCGUCAAUGCCGCAUCUUCUUCGAGGUACUUCCAAGAAAGACAACAGUCAAAAAGUGGAGGAUAUCGCUGAUAAACGUCACCCAAGCAAUGCCAGAACAGUGUCGGUAAGCUCGACAGGCAUGGACGACGUUAUCGAUAGCUCUUGGGAAAUCGUGGAAGAGGAGAAGGACUAUAGUUGCGAUGUGACGUAUCUCUGUUCGACGGUCAUCAACCCACCUCUUCGACCAAAACAUUUGCGCGAGUGCGUGAAACAGUACCAGAAACAGCAAGCAAAAUCGCUAAAAAAGUUCGGCGUGACAAAAUCAUCGAACGAGGUCGUUUUAAAUCUGACCCUGGAGGGGGUGAAAAUGACGAACGCCACGGAGAGUGGAGGACAAGGGAUGUUUUUUCCCAUCGAUUCGGUGAGCCACGUGAUGGCCCAUCCUGAGAACGCCGAAUACUUUGCUUUUUCUACUGUCGUAACUGGCGACUCAAAACAUAAGUGCCACUUGUUUGAACAAACGAAAAUUCCUCCUACAGAGCUUAUAGAGAGGUUCCAAGCAUUUAUGUAG